AUGCCACGCUUAACCCAUGUUACGCCUCCCCUCGCCACCCCUCUCCACCCCUCUCCACUCCUCGUCACCCAGGUGUGUCAGACGCCUCUCCAUCUCGCCGUGGCGGAGGGGCACCUCGAGGCGCUCCGCUUUCUCCUGGACUGGAGGGGGCAGUGCGGCGGGGCAGAAGUGAAAGCAGACGUGGAAGCGCGGAACAUGUUCGGCGAGACCCCUGUGCACGUGGCGGCCAAGAGCAGCAACGCGGAUGCCAUUCGGCUGCUGCUACGAGCAGGCGCACUGGCGGACGUCGCUGCCACGAACGGCAUGACUCCUCUUCAUCUCGCCGUGUGGCCUGCUGUCCAAUCUGCUAGUAGCAACACUGGCAGCGACACUGGUAGCAACUUCAACUGCAGCAUUGCCGCCCAUCCGCCUAGCAAGCCGCUAGCCACAGCAAAAUCAGCACCUGAAGCGACACCUGGGCCAGCAAAGUCACCUGAAUCGGCACCUGGAUCACAGCAGCUAGCGCAGCAGCAGCAGCAGCAGCAGCAGCAGCACCUGACGCAUAAAGCAGAUCUGGCAGUCUCUCCCUCUAAACCAUCUCCAUUGCGCCACUCCCAAGGGGAACUCUCCCCCAAACCACUCUCCCCAGGGGAGCUCUCCCCCCGACCACUCUCCCCCUGCUCCCCUCGUCCGCUCUCCCCCCUGCCCCUCUCCCCUCGACUGCUUUCCCCGAGCGCCUAUGGUUCGGCCUUCCCCACCUGCCCGCCACCCACACCAUCGUCGCCCACCAGUUUCGACUCCCUGCCUGCAGCUGCUGCUGCCUCUGCUUCUGGUUCUGCUGCUGCGGACGGGUGUAUGCUCUCCCCGUCCGCUGCUGCUGCUGCUGCUGCUGCUGCUGCUGCUCCUGGUGCUGGUUGUUCUGGUGUAAAUGGUGGUGGUGCUGCUGGUGGAGUGAAGGGUGGUGGCAGCAGGGAGUGUGGUGGGGGAGUGGUGGCGGCUGUGGCAGUACUGCUAGAAGCCAAUGCAGACCCGUGUGCUGUUGAUAAGGACGGCAACACGCCCAUGGCGCUGCUUCCCAGCCGAGCCACGAGGUGCUCUGUGUGCCGGGAGGUGCAGGCACUGCUGCAACGACACAUCAGCAGGCGAACGAGGCUGCAGGCUGAACUGGCGGUGCAUAGAGCAAAGCUGGUAAUGGAUCAGCUAGAAAAGGAGCUAUCCUCGUUAGUAGGCCUCCACUCGUUAAAGCAGCAGCUAAGGACAUGGGGAAAGGGUCUCCUACUGGACCAAAGGCGCCGGGCACUUGGGCUGCCCGUCCCUCCCCGCCGCGCCCCACACAUGGCUUUUCUGGGCAGCCCGGGCACCGGAAAAACAACCGUGGCGCGGGUGCUUGCCCGGAUGCUGGCGCUGGUGGGUGUUUUACCCUUGAAUAAGGUUAUAGAGGUGCAAAGAACGGAUUUAGUUGGGGAAUAUGUGGGGCAUACGGGUCCGAAAACGAGGAGGAAGAUCGAGGAAGCAGAAGGAGGGAUUCUGUUCGUCGAUGAGGCGUAUAGGCUCAUGCCGUGUCAAAGGAGUGAAGAGAAAGACUAUGGGAUAGAGGCUUUGGAGGAGAUUAUGACAGUGAUGGAUUCGGGGAAACUGGUGGUGAUUUUUGCGGGGUAUGCGGAGCCGAUGCAGCGGGUUUUCGAGGCUAAUGAGGGGUUUAAGAGGAGGGUUACUAAGUGUUUUACUUUUGAUGAUUUGAGCCCGAGGGAGAUUGCCAGGGUGAUGCUGCUGAAGAUGGGGUAUGGUCAGACGGGGGAACAGAGGAGAUUGGGAGGUGCGGAGAAGCCGAGUUGUGAGAAUUCUCGCCCUGAGGAGGAGACGCGGAUUCAGCAGAAGGGGGGUGUGUCUGGGGGACAGAGGGAGCAGACGUAUCUAAGGGGAGAGAUGCAAUGGGGAAGUAGCAAGACUGGGGAGCGAGUGGAGGAGCGAAGGAAGGAGGAGAUGGAGCCACACGGGAAGCAGCGGGAUGCAGGGGCGGAUGAGAGGAAGGGAGGGGGACAGGGCGAGGAGUGUAGCAGUCUGGGUGGGAGGGGGAUGGCAUGUGACUGUAACGAGCGGUGUGGUAACCGCAGCAGCUGUGCGGCUUCGGAUGGCAGCAUCAGGAACGGCAGUGAUGGGCCGGCAGGAGGCGGAGGGAGUAUGCCCUGUGUAGCUGAUGGUUCCAUCAAGCAGCAACUGCAAGGAGAGGAAGUGGGGAAAUGGCCGGUUGGAGUGGAGGCGGGUGGAAGAGGAGGGGAUUUUGCGGAUGGAAGCAGUGGCAUUACCAAUGAGAGCGGGAGUGGGAGUGGGAAUGGGAGCGGUGGGAGCAAGGAGGAGAUUGAAGCUGCAGAUGACACGGACAUGUCUCCGCUUACUGGCUUCAGGCUCCACUCCUCGUGUUCAGAAGAGGCAUUGGCAGAGGCGAUCGUAGCACACACGACAGCGAAGCAGCGCAAGGAGAGGAACGGAGGCAUGGCGGUGCCGGUGCUGCUGGAUGCCCGGGAUCAUCUGGACCUGCGGCUGCCCCUCGACUGCUGCUGCGAGGACGAGCUGAUGACAAUCCACAUGCACGACAUUGAAGCUGCUUUAGGGAUGCUGCCACCGUGA